AUGCACUUAUUGAAUGAACAAUAUAUUUGGGUUCUCAUGUUAUGUUAUUUGAAAGAUCCAUUUAGUGAUCGAUCUCAAUACAUUUGGAAAGAAGAAUUUUGUUUAACUCGAAAAUUAUAUGAACCAAAUCGAAUUGAACCUCUAGUAAUGAUGGUCUUAUUGGAUGAUCAGAGUAAUCAUCAUUUGCAUGCUGAUUCUACAAUUGGUAUUGAUGGUGAUACUAAGAAUCAUUCUAAUGGUGUUCAUGGUGAUCAUGGUGAUCAUUCAAACUUCAAUCAUACUUGUUCUCCUCCUAAUUUGGAAUAUUCUUCUGGAUUGGGUGGAUUCAAUUUACUAAAAGAUUAUGGAUACAUGAAGGUGAUUAUCGAAAAGGUGCAAAGAUUUGUCGACACAAAGAAUUGUGUAGAUGAUACAUUCAUUGUGUCUGUUAUUACUUCGAAUCAAGAAUUGCCUCCACAACAUUCCACAAAGGUUUAUGAAUUGGGAGGUUCUUUAACUGUUUCACAAGAUGAGUGGAUGUAUGAAUUGGCAGAUCAACAAAAGAAGAACAAAUGGAAUUCUUAUAAUCAAGCAUGUCAGUUGUACUUUGAAAAGGAUUACAGAGGUGCAUUAGAAAUGUUCCAAGAAUUUUAUCAGAGCAACACGAAUGAUAAACCUGCAGAACACAUGAUUCGUUUGUGCGAGCAGUUGCUACAUCAUUAG